AUGACGGUCCGUGGUCUUGAUGACUGGACUUUUAUGGUUUCCACCUCCAUCAAUGGUAUCUCUGUCUCUCUGACCGCAAACUUGCUGGUCAUAGCCACUCUGGUCCUCACACUGUUGGGAGACUUUGCUGUUUCGCAUCUCCUAUCACCUCUCCGAUCAAUUCCUGGUCCAUUUCUGGCCCGCUAUACUAACCUUUACCGCCUCUACCAUACCACCCGCGGGUCUUUCCAUCUCCACAUCACUCGAUUGCACAAAACAUACGGUCCCGACGUUCGAAUUGGCCCCAACACCGUCGAUAUUGACUAUCCCGAGCCGAUCAAAGUUGUCUUUGGGACGACUACAAAACAAAAAGCCGAGUGGAAAAAGACAGGGUUCUACCUCUCUAGCAGCACGCGAGUCAAGGAGACGGGGGAGAUCAUGUACAACCUGUUCAGUCAAAUUGACCCAGAGUUGCAUGCCAAGUGGAAGAGACCAGUGGCCAAGUAUUACUCCGCCGCCGCGGUGGCCAGAGUAGAAAGCAAGAUGGAUGAAGUGGUCGAUAUGCUAUGUCAGGAGUUGGACAAAAGGGUCAGUGGCAAUAAUGGGCAAGGGGGGAUUGAUCUGGGGAAGUGGAUCGUCUACUACACUUGGGACGUCAUCGGGAACGUCACAUUUUCCCAGCCGCUCGGGUACUUGCGCGAGGGCAAAGACUUUGACGGGACGCUUUUGACAGCAGAUAAAACGCUCGACUACUUUGCUUUCAUAACAUCGAUCCCUUGGCUUGAUUACGUCUUUGACAAGAACAGAAUCAUGAGAAUCAUGAGAAUCGCACCGCCGAGCUUCAAUCACAUCGUCGGACUGAGUGUAGGGCAUAUCAUGAAGCGAUUCCAGGAAGAUCAAAGCACAGAGCAGAAGAACAGAGAUGCAGACUAUCUGGAUAUGUUUCACGAAGCACGUCAAAAGUGGCCAGAGGUGGUGGAUGACGCCAUGGUCGUCAGAUAUACUCUGAGCAACAUGAUUGCAGGGGCAGACACCACCUCGAGUAUCAUCAAGGCUGCUAUCUACUACUCGAUGAUGGCAGAAUGGGGUGGAAAAAGUUGA